UAUUUUCUUUUAAAGGCGGCUAUUCUUCAGCAAACAUCCCAGUAUAUAUGUGAUCUGGAGAACCAAAAAACUCAACUUCUCGCACAGAAUAGUCAACUUAAACGGACACUUGGUCAACACGAAUUGUCUUUGAGUGGAUAUGGAAGUGGUGGGAACGGCGGCGGAUCUAACAUCGAUGAUGGUUGCUGCGCAAUUAAAAAACGUAAGCUUACUGACAAUGUACUGUCACUCCAAACGAUUUCUGAUUCCUCUGACGAAGGUCUUGGUUCAGUUUCCCCAGAACCAACUACUCUACUACAAACUGGCACUAAUACAACAAGCGUAGUGUCUUUAGGUUUGGCAAAGGCGGCCCAUGGAAAUGCAUACAUAACGCAUAGCGCCAAGGAGUUACUUGACCUUAAGAAGCAAUUGGAAAAGGAAAGGCGAUUUCGAGCAGUAAUUGAAGAGGAGCUUCGUUUGAUUAAGAAGCAAUUAUAUAACGCCAAUUUUAUUGCCCAUGAAGUCAUUGAACAUACAGACAACAUACAGGAAGAAAACGGUACAAUUUCUUACGUAGCACUUAACGACAAAAAUGAACCAUCCGAGGUUGUAGUAUGUUCGUCUAUUGACGACGUAAACGAUGAUUGCGCUGAAGUCAUAAGUGAUGAAAAUAUCCACGAAGAAAUAAUUGUAGCCCAAGAAGACGAGGUUAAAUACGACACUUCUGCCUUGCAACCAAUAUUGCAAGCGGCAAUCAAAGCCCAACCAAAAGUCGAAGUUGAACGAAUAAAUGAAACUGUCAUGAAAGUAAACACAGAAAGAGAUCUGCAAAAAAAAGGAGGAGGAAAUUCAAUUGGCUUGACACGAUCACGACAAAACCUAGAGACGAUCGUUGAAGCAAUUAGACACCUUGAGGGUGAUCAUCUAUUUGGGGAAAGCGGUGCGCAACAUAAAAAAGCACAAAAAUCACAAGAAUCUCCUUUAGCAUUGACUACUAAGCAAUUAGUAUCUACUGUUGUUCAGCCACAUCAUCAACAGCAACAGCAGCGCAAAACAAUAGCCGAGUUGAGUCCGUUCCUACAGAUAAAGAAUCCGAAAAUUGGAGCAACUAACAUCGUGACAAUUGUAAGAGGGAGAUCAAUUUCAUUAACUCCCAACCCUGGAGAUAAUACUCUAUCGAUAUCAUCCUUGGCAAGUCCAUCCACUCACGUCAUUAGUACAGCAAAUAACAUGUCUUCUAGUAGUAAUAUCAGCAACAGUAAUUCUAACAGUACGAGCGGCAUUAUCCCAGCGAAUAGUGCUGCAAUACCCACGGCAAUAGUAAAAGUACAACCCACUUUGUCAGCAGCGACAUCGUCCAUACCCAUUGCUACACCUCCAUCACAUAUCACAAUAACAACUGCAUCACUUAAACAAUGUCGACCGGGUGUCAUAGUUGCAAAGCAAAUAUCUUGAUUGCAUUGCAGUAGUAGAAGUCAUAUGAAAAACAACAGCAUGAUGAGUUCCACCACCAAUAAAAAAGAUACUAGAAGUAAAGCUGGCGUUAGCAAUAAUAUUAGUAAUAUAAAUAAAUAUAAUAAAAAAAAUUUUAGAAAUAAUAUAUCAAGCAAAAUCAAUAAUAAUAAAGUCAAUGAUGUGAAAAUUUCACAUGGAAACAAUAAAAAUGCCAACGGUACACAUAAUUUUAAAAUUUUUAAUAAUACUUAUGAUACUACUUAUUUGCAAAAUAAGAAAUAUCAACUAGUUGACGGAGAGGGUGAACAUUUCAGUGGAAAAUGCGGAACCAAUCUAAUCAAGCUUAUCCCUUCUGAGGCAAUAAGUAUUAUAUCUUCAAAUACUAAUAAUUAUAAUUUUACUUGGUCAAACAGCAAAUGUAAUAACUUAGCUUCCUUAAGAUCGUCCUUCAUUUCAAACUCGUCUAAAUUUAACUUACAAGAACAUCAGUAUAUACAAUUCAAUACCAAUAAUAAAUCGAAAAAAUCACAUCAAUUACCAAUUGCAUUAAAACUUUGAAGAUUCAGACAAAAUAAAUAAAAAUUAAUUUAACAACAUUAAAAAUAACAAAAAAAAAGGUGUAUGCAUUGAAGGUUUUUUUUACGUAUUUUAAAAAUAUUAUAUUUAUUUUGAGAAUUGUAAAAUAAAUGAAUCUUUAAGGCAAAAAAAUCACAUAUAAAAGGUAUACAAAAAUUAAAUAAAGUUUUAACAAAUUUGUUUUUUUUGUUGAGAAGUACAAACUAAGUUUUAUUGUUGUUGUUUUAGUUUUUCUUUUUCCUUACUUGGAUGGAAAUAAUCAAGAUACUUGAUGCCGUGAAUUAAGUUAGUGUGAAUUAAAGCAGAAUUUCAUUUUACUUAUUUCCAAAACCUGAAGUAAAAUAAAUAAUAGUGCUGAACAGCAAUAUUAGACCAAGAUCCCAGAGCCCCCAGACGUUACUUAUGCUAUCAGAAAUAAAAUGCAUAGAAUAACUUAGUAAGUGUGAGUACAAGCUAUGAGUGCAUGCAAACUCGUAUCUACUAGCUUGGGCCACCGACGAACGGCUAGCUUACAAGUAACAGGUAAAUGUAGGUAAAAUUAGUACUUAUCUUCCCUAAAUUCUCUUUGCUGAUUUUUAUUUAUGUUUUAGAAAAUGUUAAUAAACUUAAAAUUUAAUACUGCCAGACUCAUUUCGGCGACGGCGCUGCUAUUUUGACAGUAAUGUAACUUUACUUAUAAUCUCACUCUUGAUUUUUAUACAUGAUACUCAGCAAGCAAAUGGAAAGAGGUGUUAUGGGAAGCUUUUUUUCAAAGAGGGACCUAGCCCUAUCAGGAAUUUAGUCCGAUAAUCCUUUCACCCGUAAUACUUUUGUUUCCCCGGAUCUUGAAAGCUAUCAGGAGUUUCGCCCAAAUAAUGGGGGCAAUCCUGAAUAAAAAUUUCCCUGGAAAUGUUUCCAUGUUUUAAACAUGGAAACGAAAAUGAUCAUGAAAAAUUUCCCUCGGAAUUUAUUGAUAUUAGUGAGGCGGCUUAGCAUUAAAAAACAGCUCAAUCGUGCAUUUUUUGAUAAAAGCAAAUUGGUAGUACUCAAUAAAAGAGUUAUUUUGAGAAAUUGGGCCACCUUGUGUUCCAACCGGAAGGGUAGAUACAAGAGUUUUUCCAUAGAGGAAGGAAUACCUAGAGAACCGACUUCGGGGGGUAUUUCUCUUCGACCCUACAAGCUGCAAUAAGAGAAAAAACUCCACAGUGCUUAUAUGUUGUAGUUUCCCCGUGCAUUUUAAAUUGCACUAACACAUUCAACUGUUGAGUUUUGCUCAGUGCGCAAUUGGGUUGAACAAAAAAAUCGUUUAAUUCAAAAAUUGAGAAAUAAAAUUUAAUUUUCAGAAAAAAUUCUUUAAAAAUAUAUUAAAUAUUACUUUUUGUUGCUUUUAGCAUAAAUAUUCAACAAUAUUUAUGAAUUUAAUUGUUAAAAACUAUAUAAAUUUAAAAAAAGUAUAAGCGCACCCCAAUCCUACCAUGAAAAAUAUGAACAGAGCCUAAUUUAAACCACAGAAAAAUAGCUCAAAGGUGAGUAUUUUGACAGCUGAAAUUGAUUAAAAUAAAAAAAGUACUUUUACUCAAGUACUCAACGUUGAGUUUGUGAAAUAAAUUAAUAUUUUACACAUAUAAGCAAAAAUUCAUAAACAAAAUGGAAUUAGUCGAGAAAAAAUCCUGUUUUUUCUCUUUGAACAAAAAAAGCGAGCCAGCGAGGAUAUUGUCGUGGACAAUAAAUUAUGGCACCUUUCUGCGUCAACUACAUCUUGGAUCAAUACACUCCUGGAUAAUAUUGAUGAAUUUUGGAGUACAGAUUUUUGAUAUUUUCUAUGCAGAACCUUGAAGCAGUUUGCGUUCGACAGCUUAAGUUAAGUGUUAUGCGUUAAUCGUGAUAUAAAAUGAAUUCAGAAAAAUGGAAAAUAUUAAAUCAUUAAAACCUAAUAAAGAAAAGGAUAAAUUGUGUGUCAAUGGUUUUAUGUUUAAUAACGAAGAAAGAUCAACUUAAAAAAAAAACAUGGAAAAUGAAAAUAUUUUUUUUUUUAUGAAAAAUUUCGGAAAAUAGGGUACUUAACUCAAAUUAGUCAUGCACUUAAUAACUCCAAUCGAAUUUUGUCGAAAAAAAAUUGAAUUUUUUAAGAAAAAUGAAGUUCAAGCCAGCAGAACAUGAAAAUCUCGGAAAAUGGAGCGCUUAAUUCAAAUUAGUCGAACAUUCAAUUAUUUAUGUCCAAUUAUUUCGAAAAAUUGGAAUUUUUUGAAAAAAAAACAAAUUCAAGCUAAUAGAACAUGCAUUUGUAUGGAAAAUGAAAAUAUUUUUUUUUAAAUGGAAAAUCUCGGAAAAUUUUUUCAAAAAUUGGGUACUUAACUCAAAUUUGUUAAGCACUUAAUUAUUCAAGAUAAUUUGAAAAAAAAAAAUUUUUUUCGAAAAUCGCAGAAAAAAAAUUAUUUUUGUAAAAAAAAUUUUUUUUAUUUUGAAUUUUUGUUUGGCACCUAAAUAUUAUAACCCGAAUUUUUUACUAACAGUUUAAGGCAUUUUCUGCUAACUGCUCUGCUAACUAUAAAUCGAGUUAGCAGAACAUUAAGUUUUUCCAAAAGUAGGGGAGCACUUGAUAUAAUUUUGGGGUACUUGCUCUGCUUACUUGAGGGACAUGUUUUAAUGUAGAGAUUUAGAAUUCCAGAAUUUUUAAAAGCAGAAUAUUGGAUUUGCAGAAUUUUGAAAAACAGAAUUUUGGAUUUACAGAAUUUUGAAAUACAGGAUAAUAGAAAAGCAGAAUAAUGGCAUACAGAAUUAUGUUCAUACAGAAUUUUUUCUUCAGAUACAGAAUUUGGGUCAUACAGAAUUUUGGAAUACAGAAUAACGACCUGGGUCAUACAGAAUUUUGGAAUACAGAAUAACGACCCGUUCCCACCACUUUUUUCAUUAUCAAAACAAUUUUUCUUUUAUCAUUUUCAGAAUUUUGGAGUACAGAUUUUUGAUAUUUUCUAUGCAGAACCUUGAAGCAGUUUGCGUUCGACAGCUUAAGUUAAGUGUUAUGCGUUAAUCGUGAUAUAAAAUGAAUUCAGAAAAAUGGAAAAUAUUAAAUCAUUAAAACCUAAUAAAGAAAAGGAUAAAUUGUGUGUCAAUGGUUUUAUGUUUAAUAACGAAGAAAGAUCAACUUAAAAAAAAACAUGGAAAAUGAAAAUAUUUUUUUUAAUGAAAAAUUUCGGAAAAUAGGGUACUUAACUCAAAUUAGUCAUGCACUUAAUAACUCCAAUCGAAUUUUGUCGAAAAAAAAAUUGAAUUUUUUGAGAAAAAUGAAGUUCAAGCCAGCAGAACAUGAAAAUCUCGGAAAAUUCAUCGGAAAAUGGAGCGCUUAAUUCAAAUUAGUCGAACAUUCAAUUAUUUAUGUCCAAUUAUUUCGAAAAAUUGGAAUUUUUUGAAAAAAAAAAAACAAAUUCAAGUUAAUAGAACAUGCAUUUGCAUGGAAAAUGAAAAUAUUUUUUUUUAAAUGGAAAAUCUCGGAAAUUUUUUUCAAAAAUUGGGUACUUAACUCAAAUUAGUUAAGCACCUAAUUAUUCAAGAUAAUUUGAAAAAAAAAAAUUUUUCGAAAAUCGCAGAAAAAAAAUUUUUUUUGUAAAAAAAUUAUUUUUGUAAAAAAUUUUUUUUUGAAUUUUUGUUUGGCACCUAAAUAUUAUAACCCGAAUUUUUUACUAACAGUUUAAGGCAUUUUCUGAUAACUGCUCUGCUAACUAUAAAUCGAGUUAGCAGAACAUUAAGUUUUUCCAAAAGUAGGGGAGCACUUGAUAUAAUUUUGGGGUACUUGCUCUGCUUACUUGAGGGACAUGUUUUAAUGUAGAGAUUUAGAAUUCCAGAAUUUUUAAAAGCAGAAUAUUGGAUUUGCAGAAUUUUGAAAAACAGAAUUUUGGAUUUACAGAAUUUUGAAAUACAGGAUAAUAGAAAAGCAGAAUAAUGGCAUACAGAAUUAUG